UUGCUUUCCCCCUUCCUCCUCCUCCUCUUUUUCUCCAGCCCCACAACCUGUCGGCCUCGGGGGAAGCGCAGAAGCCGGCGAAGCAAGAAUGUACCAGGGACACAUGCAGGCAGUAGGUGAAACCUUGAAGAAAAAGUGGCUCUGGCUUCAAAAAUGUGAGCUCAUCUUUGCUUUGGGGAAAGGCUCUAGGGCGGCAGAUAAGGCUGUUGCAAUGGUGAUGAAGGAGAUACCGAGGGAGGAGUCUGCCGAGGAAAAGCCCCUCCUUACUAUGAAAUCACAGCUGGUGAAUGAACAACAAGAAAGCAGACCCCUCCUGAGCCCUUCAAUUGAUGACUUUCUUUGCGAAACCAAAUCUGAAGCUAUUGCAAGACCUGUGACGUCAAAUACAGCAGUUUUGUCAGCAGGGUUGGAUCUCUUGGACCUGAGCGAACCUGUCUCCCAAACCCAAAGCAAAGCCAAAAAGUCUGACAAUUCAUCCCGAGGGGACGUCUUAAAGGCCUCGACCCACAGAAAGAAGUCGGACAAUCCAGACCUUAUCAGUGUGGCCGCAGAACAGAAGGUCCAGCCUCUCAAAGCUCCUGAAAAGUCUUCUUUGGAUUUGGUCAAUAUCCAGGCGCAGCUAGAGAAAUGGGAUGACGUGAAGUUUCGUGGAGACAGACUCAGCAAAGGUUUUCCAGCACCUGAGAAAAAAACAUCUUCCAGAGCUUCGUCAAAAGAAUUUUUAUGGUCUGCCGAGAAUAGCACUAAAUCAGAAGCAGCCAGUGUCAAAACUGCAUUGGAAUCCAAUUCAGCCUCAGAAUUAGAAUUAGCACCUGCACCAAAGGUUCGAUCUACCAAAGAGCAACGUUGGGGAGGUGCCCUCCUGUCACGACACCAUUCCAUGGAAGAGGAAUUUGAAAGAGCCAAAGCUGCUGUUGAGUCAGACACAGAAUUUUGGGAUAAAAUGCAAGCAGAAUGGGAAGAAAUGGCCCGUAGAAAUUGGAUUUCAGAAAGCCAAGAAGCACAAGGCCAAGCAGCUGUUUCCAUUAAUGAGAAGGGCUAUUAUUUUCAUACAGAAAACCCUUUCAAAGACUGGCCCGGUGCUUUUGAGGAAGGGCUGAAAAAGUUGCGAGAGGGGGAUUUGCCCCUCACCAUUUUAUACCUGGAGGCGGCAAUUCUCCAAGAUCCUCACGAUGCUGAGGCUUGGCAGUUUCUUGGGAUAACACAAGCAGAAAAUGAAAAUGAGCAGGCAGCUAUCGUCGCCCUCCAAAGGUGCUUAGAGCUUCAGCCAAACAACUUGAAAGCGCUGAUGGCCUUGGCUGUGAGCUUUACAAAUACUGGCCAUCAGAAGGAGGCCUAUGAAGCACUGAGAAGUUGGAUCAAGCAAAAUCCCAAAUAUAAGUACAUAACGAGGAGCAAAAAAGGAUCUCCAGCAUUGACUAGAAGAAUGUCCAAGACAGCCAAUGAAAGUUCAUUGCUCGAGGAGGUGAAGGAACUGUACCUAGAAGGAGCUCAUCAAAAUGGUGAGAUGAUAGAUCCAGACUUACAAACAGGGCUCGGUGUGCUCUUCCACCUCAGUGGGGAAUUUAACAGGGCAAUAGACGCUUUCAGCGCUGCUCUCACUGUUCGGCCAGAGGAUUAUUCAUUGUGGAACCGUCUAGGUGCAACCUUAGCAAAUGGGGAUCGAAGUGAGGAAGCCGUUGAAGCCUACACAAGAGCUUUGGAAAUCCAGCCGGGCUUCAUCAGGUCCAGGUACAAUUUGGGAAUAAGCUGCAUCAACCUCGGAGCGUACAGAGAGGCAGUGAGCAAUUUCCUGACGGCUCUCAAUUUGCAGCGAAAGAGCCGUAAUCAACAGCAGGUUCCUCAUCCUGCAAUUUCAGGUAAUAUCUGGGCUGCUCUCCGGAUCGCUUUGUCUAUGAUGGACCAACCAGAACUUUUUCAGGCUGCUAAUGUGGGUGACCUGGAUGUUCUAUUAAAAGCAUUCAAGAUUGAGCCCUAAACACACAUGUGCAUGCAUGCAAACAAACACACACACAUACACAUCAAGCCCUUUAAAAUUCAGAAACCUUCUUGUUGAGACAAUAAAGGAAAUACAUUUAAAUUCCUGGUUUGAUCAGAUAAAGGCCACUUGGAUGCUUUCCAGUUGAAAAGGAUUCUGCAGGUUUCUAGCAGAUCUACAGAAAAGAAGUUGAAAAGCACAAAACUUUGUAAAUACCACCUUGCUCAAAGUGUUUGCGAUGGACUGGACAAGAGCUACCAUGACGCAGAUGGAAAUUGGAUUUAAAAAACUCUUACCUGAAUAUUCUUUACAACAUGUAUCAACCUAUAUGAAGAACAUUGUGCUACCUAAGCAGAAAAUCUUAUUAGAGGAGAGCAUUGGGUAACAUUUUCUUGGGAAUCUACUAAUCCAUUGGAUCUUCUGGGCAAGAGCGGUGGCUUGUAGUUCAUUUCUUCCAAGGGCCUGUUUUCCACAAAUACGACCAUCAGUACAUGCAUGUUAGAGUAGCUGUGUUUACUCCAACAAUAUAUUUACCAGGCAACCCUUUAGAGCUCAAAAUUAAGUUUUCUGGGUUUUAAAAGAAACCUGAAGUCUAAUCAUGUGAAGCCUGGUAUGGCAAAGAUUUCAAGAGAGUCAGGAAAAAUUCUACACAGAGGAAUUUGCAGGUCAAAUCAUAUAUUUUUGGUUAUGUUGAGAAAGCAUAUAUUGUACUUUGCACUAGAGUUCGGGAUAAGUAUCAUUAGGGCUGGCCCUAGCUGGGCGCACUAGACAGGUCUCUCUAGGUGCACCUCCAUCCCUUCUCCCUUCCUAGAACCACAGGUUGUCUUUUCAAAAAUCCACACCUCUUUAGCUUUGAGGGUUAACUUCUUAUGGAGCUUUAACUUCCAGCCAUCUGUUUUCAGUGAUUAUGGAGGAAUGUUGCAUUCAAAGCCAUUACUGGUGACCUAACAGUGUCUGAAGGUAGCUCAGAAUGCUACAGAGAUGGAGUAAGAAGAAUGUGUCAUGCAGUUGGUAGAGAACUGUAAUAUGCUUUCUUCCCUCUAUCAAGUGCUUAAAACAAUGGCAAGGAUCCUGUUGGUGUACUACAUUGGUGUAGGUGUUGAUACUGGCGGGGAAAGGCCAUGGAUGCAACAGUCAUGAAGAACCUAAUGUGUUGAAGAAAUAGACUUGCAUUGAGCUGGCAGAUUUUGUCCACCUACCUUCGUCAGUGCUACAUGACUAGGGAAAAAUACAGUCACUAAUGUUGUGCACCAACAUGAUGCCAACUUGUGUUGGCUGCAGAUAAAUAAUGCAGAGCUU